AUGUCGGAUAAGGAAGAUCCAAAUGCUGUCGUGGUGAUCAGAGAGGUGAGAAGCGCCGAGAUGGGUACAUACUAUGUCAAGAUAUCAUCUGAAAGAUCUCCUGAGGGUCAACAGUUUAUAGAUUCUGAAAUGGUUGAUGGCCACGUUGGAAAAGAUGAGGGUUCGGGUCACUUCCUGCUCCACAAAUCGAUUCUCUGUGAAAAAGUUCCAUACUUCGAAGAGAUGUUCAAUGGAAAUUUUGAUGAGAGCACAACUAAUAACUCCGCAGAUCUACCCGAGUAUGAUCCCGAAGCUUUCAACAUACUUAUUAUUUCCUGGAUUUACUCAGACCAAGUGUUCCCGCUAGAAAAAAGAAAGGCAAUGAUGCGAGAUGAUGCGUUGGAAAACUAUAUUUGUUAG